AUGGAAGAUGGCGAGGAGAAGAAACGAACCAUCCUAGAAAAGAUGGAAGCUCGACAGCGCGCGCUGAAGGAGAAACGCGAACAACGUGCUCGCGAGGUCAAACUUGGCCCCGAUUUCGAGGCCAUCGAGCAGAGCUUCCGCCAAGGCGUUGACGGCCAGGGCCCGUCGGGCAUGAUGGAGAACUUUGGAGACUUCUCAAGCAUCGGCUCGCCAAGGCCCUCGAUUGUUGCAAUGCAUGGAACGGGCCCAAAUUCGUCUACUCCAUUUGCACGUGCCCCGCAGCAGCGCCGUUUCAACGACGCCGACUUCAAGACGCCUAGCCUGCCCCAGCACAAGAUACAAGCCACGCCGCGGCAGAAAUCGCCGGAAUAUUUGACACCGGAACAGACGAUGAAGCGCCACUUCAAAGCCAUCUCCGGUUGGGCCAAUUCCUUGCUCAGAAGCGGACUUAUGGAGGAGGAGGACCACGAAGCUGGCACGGAAUCCGCCAACAAGGAACUUCUGAGGAUGCUCAAACAGGGCCGGUCCAAGAAGGUCGAAGCCCAUAGCGUCGGGCCAAAGUACAUCGACUGGGCACAGCGGCAGCAGGAAAAGUACAGAAAGAAAAGCCAACUGUUCUUCGAUGAGCUCGAGAUCAAGGACCGAAUCAAGCAGAUCGUCUCUCAGGGCGAAACGCACGUUCGCGGCGAUUUGAAGCUGUUCCUUGACGUCAACAUGCAGUACAACAUCAUGCAAAUCCUCUUCUCCUUCCAACCGCUCUGGCUGCACCUCGGUUUCGCCGUCGUCUUUCAGCAGCAGAUUCAGCUGAACAAGAACGACAGCUUCAAGCAGAAAUUUACCCACUUCUGCAUGGAAAAUCUCUUCAUCUCCGAGUCGCUAUUGAAACCGAAAAGGAACACACAAGGUGGCGGCGGAAACAUCCGGUUGACGACCCCAGAGGGCACAAGGGCGCUCCACGACCACCUGUUGCGGAAGCUGCUCUCUUUCUUCGCAUUUGUGGAAGAAGCCAAGAAGGCCAAUAUCAUCGCCCGCAGCCCGGGAAUAUUCGUUAGGACCUCUAAGUACAAGAGUCUCCCCGAUGUGUUUUCGGAGUGCUCUCGCCUUUUCCUCGCUUCGACGCCGCUGCAAAAGGUGCUCAAGAAGGCUGGCUUCGAUUUUACCUUCAUCCAACCGUUUUAUGAGUCCUACCGCCCUCUCGUCACCAGCUUCGAAGAUCUUGGCGAUGGAGUCUUGCUUGGUCGCCUUGUCGAGUACAUCUUGGGCAUGGAGCCAAAUACACUGAUGUGUAAACUGCGGAACCCGUGUGGCGACCGCCUGCGUAAGAUUGGCAAUGUCAGCGCGCUUUUGAAUGCGCUCAAGGAUCACGAAAGGGACAUUGGAGCGCUGACGGCGUCGAAGAUAGUCGGGCUCGAUCGUCCGAGUAUCCUCGAGCUCCUCUGGCGUCUCGUCGGUUACUACAUGGCAGCCUCGCGCGCGACUACAUCUCACCCUCGUGCAAUCGAUGUGGGCAGCCCCGCCGAGACGGAUCAAGACGUUCGCGACGACCUGCUGCACCGCUGUCGUCAAUUUGGUGCGGAAUUUGGUGUCGAGGUCAAGUGCUACAGGGCAAUUCGCGAUGGUUCAGCCCUCGUUGAGAUUUGGAAUCGCUGCAUGGACUAUCGACCGGCCAUCGACGACUUCCCAGGGGCUACCACAUGGGAUAAGAUUUCGAGCGCCGCACACGAAUAUUUUGACAUGCCCGCCUGUAUGGAAGACGAUGAUCGGACCACAUCGCUUUUCGUGGCGAUGCUUUUCGAACGUCUCAAGGAAUGCCAUGAUGAUCGCACGAUUCUCAACGUCCCGCAUGAAGAUCGACCCGCGUCUACUGAACCGGAAGCAGACGACGAGGGCACGAGCUCUUUCGACGAAGUUGCCAAUGCUGAGGAGCACCAAGAACAGAAGGCCUUAUCCGACGUGUUUGAAGAGCCGGAGGACAACAACGAAAACACUUUCGUGCAGCAAGCGGCUCCCGUACACCUGGAGGCAAACAAGGAAAACUUGUCGAUGCCGGACGCCCUCGAGGACACGAACCCGAGCAAGGACACCAGCAGCUUAUCGGAAGCCAGCACUAUGGCGAAAGCUCCCCUAGAUGGAGAGGCCGGCCAGGAAAACCCGGAGACGGUCGAAGAAAAGCUUGCCGAGGACAACAGCAACUUGCUUCAUGGUUCCGUGACCCUGCCAGAAGCUCUCGUGGACCAGGAGUCCAAUAAAGAAAAUGCGACUUUCACGAAGCUGGAUGCGCCGUCGCCCGCAAUGGAAGGCAGCAUUUCGUUGGAUGGAUCAAGCGCUCUCGAGGAAACCCUCGUUGAUGAGGAGGCAAGUAAGGAAAACGCUACCUUGCCCGAGGCGCUCGAUGCUACGAUGGACGGGAAGGAAAGCGCCACUUCGUCGGACGUCUCCAAUAACCGCAAGGGCUCGGAUCAUACGGCGAAGAGCCCAAAGAAUAACGCGCGCUCCCCGGCUAACCAAACCACCACAUCGGAGAUACGGGUUGAGAGCUUCGGGGCCACGUUCACUAUUCUGGUCGACCAGACCUCGCACCUGGAAGGAACCCAGUCCGUCGUCACUUCGAAAGUAUCGCCUGUGAGGGUGUCUACGAACACGGCUAGAUUGAUCGAACGGUCGCUGAUGUCUUCGAAAUUCACCGUCUCCCCGCAGCUAGAAGGUACUCCACGACGCCGAGGCGAAUUCAACACCAAGCUGGAUCUGGUACGGGAUUGUGGGAAAUUUUCAUUGUCGUUUAGGAAUCGGAUGUGGACGAGCCGGCCUCGCGCCCGAUGUCUCCACGCUCCCCCCGCUGAUGAGCAGCAAGCAGAGGAGCAGCAGCCCUACAUGCAGCUGGAAAAUGAGCAGCCGUCAAGUGGCGAGCACGCCGGCAAGCCAAACGAUAGCCAGCCCAUCACACCUGUCGAUGUGGUUGCUGAGACCUCGGCGAAGGAAGAACCUCUGAUGGAGUAUCCGGACGAUGCUACGCAACAAGACAAAGAGAACGCCGUCAUUAUUGCCGCUGAACUGCCCCCGCCACGCGAUAACUCGAACUUACAGCAAUUGCUCUCUGAGCCGCGCACCGACACCGAUCGCGACCCGUUGAUUGACAUCCGGCGCCGCAUCAAGGAGCUAAAGAAGGGCCAGUCCGUCACCCGUCAACUGGUUAAGGCCGAGCAGCAGUUGUCCAUCUCGAAUCCUCAUCUG